AUGCAACCAACUGCACUGGCAACUAGAACAUCUCUUUUGCCUCUUUCCUACGCUCUCUACACCACAAACCGACAACUAGGAUGUCUCUUUUUGCGUACUACAUGCUCUGGAAGCCUUGGAGGUCGUAGAUGCCUUCAUACCGGACGACCUGCAGAAGCAAGAGACUCGGAAUCACCCAGAAACGAUACGCACGACUCUAUAGACAAACCAGAUACACCAAUUAAGGCUAGCGACAAACUAUUUGCCGAUGCUUUACUCGAAGAAGAAGAGCAAGCGUCGACGGAACGAACCCACUCACGAAUCCAAGCACGCGCUACCGAGCUUCAAAAGCAGUAUCCCAACUGGACCGGGGACGAGGACGUUAAGGAUGCGGUGUUGCGGAUGCUGGUGGACAAGUACAAGCCGUUGAGGUCUGGCGAAGUGCAGACUGCCGAGGAGAAGAUGAAGAGAGAAGGCGUUGGGUCGAAGGUGUCGCCACCGAGUAGCUCGACGCCUCCGUAUUCGUAUGUUUCGCCGGCGACGACGAUACCCACUAGUCCUUCAUCGUGGACUCCCCCUACUCGACCUAGUUCUGGUUCAUGGGCGAAUGAACCGCUCCUCCCUUCCAACCCAUCGCAUAACCCGUGGGACACGACGUACAAGGUCCCUUCUCAUGACGUUUCGUCUAUCAAGCUGGCGCAUAUCCCCACCACCUCUAUCAAAGUUACACCAGUGUCGGAAGAAGAUUUGAAGCAGCGGAGGAGGGAACGAGAGGCUAUGAAGAGGGGAGUGGUUGCUGGACGAUUGACUCAGGCCAGAGAGUCGACGUUGGACUAUAAGCUAGGGCUGAAGAGGGACGGAGCACAUGGGCAAGCCGUUGGAAUUCCUGGCGGUGGUGGAGGCAGGCCUAACCCCGCCAGCGUCAAAGGCUGGGCAAAUUUCGUCGAGGAUAGGAUCGAGAAAGCACGAAAAGCGGGCCUUUUCAAUAACGUCAAGGGGCGGGGUAAACCCUUGGCUCGUUCGACGGACGAACACAAUCCUUUCAUCGCUCGGGAAGAGUUUCUGAUGAACCGCAUUGUUCAGCGAAAUGGUGCUGCUCCGGCUUGGGUCACUUUGCAAAACGAACAUGAUGAAGCAGUUCGAACUUUCCGAUCCCUUCUCCGCGCCUCGUGGACGCGCCAUGCUAUCCGCACGAUUACUUCUACGAACCCAGCGCCCAUGCUCCUCAACCUCACCCUCGCCGACAUUCAGCGCUUCCGCUCUGAUAGCUGGCUACAUCCUGCAGAACUUAGGUAUCUGCAGGCAGCUGUCAAGGACGUGAAUGACGUGGUUAGGAGAUAUAACGGCGUGGCUCCGUACAUUGUCAGGAGGGGAGUGAUGAUAUUGGAGAACGAGGUUGGGAGAGUGUACGAUGAUUGUGCUGAGGACAUACUGAGGGGUAUCAAGGAGACCGUCACUGGGGGCAGAUCUCUCAGAACUGGAAGCGUUGGGUAUUCGGACGGGGGUGGUGGAGGUGGUGGUGGUGGUGUGCCCUCCUCUGAAGGCGAUGUUUGGGUUGGACUAGGUCUUGGGCAGAUGGUGAAAGCCAUGGUGAAACGACUCGGUGAUGCGUUUACAUGGAAGCAUUAA